GUUGCAUCGAGGCUCGGUACGUUACUGUGGUUACGACUAGGCAAGCAAUUUAUUGUUUUUAUUACUAGUUUCGUCUUAGUGAUUGAGAUUUACGAGAAGAGACGACCGUCACUGUUACAAUUGUUAGGCUAUUAGGAGAUGGUGAGAAUCAAUAAAGUCUUACUGUGUGGGGCCAAACAGAUAGGGAAAAGUGCAAUUCUGGAACAGUUGAUUUACGGACACGUCACAAAAGAUUCGAUUUUUCACCCUACGAUAGAAGAUACAUAUGAAUGUCAUGUUGACACAGAUAGAGGAGUGAAGGAGCUCAUCCGAUUCUAUGAUUUGGGUGGAAUCACUUCCAAAAACAAAGAAGUUCCCCGUCAUUAUUUUAAUGUUGCAGAUGCCUAUAUCCUAGUGUAUGGCAUAAAUAGCCACGAGUCUUUUCUGAUUAUGGACUCUUUGAAAAAAGAAAUUGACAGGAACAAGGAGAAGAAAGAUGCAGUGAUGAUUGUCUUGGGAAACAAGCUGGAUUUGGUUGAAGAAAGACAAGUUGAUUACUCUCAAGCUUCUUUAUGGGCUGCAAAAGAACGUGUUCGACUGUUUGAGAUUUCAGUUUUUGACCAGCAAACAUUGAUAGAACCAUUUUUGUAUCUUUCUUCGAGAUUGAAUCCACCCCCUCAAAAAUCUACUUUUCCUCAGUUAAGCAUGGGCAUGGGAAGAAGCAAAAUUAAAGAUUGAAUCCUACUAUUAAGUUUGUUAUGGUGUUAUUUUCCUGUUGUGUUUUCAGUAUUAUAAAAAUUUUCCUAUUUCUCAUAUGAAAAUCUCAGUUUUGUCUUUGGAUAAAAAAAAAAAAUACGACGUGCAUACUCUGCCGUGUACAAAUGAAUCAGUAGGCCUACGCCAAUUGAGACAAAAAAAAACCUCAUUCCUCUUCUUUGUUGCUGCAAAGAAAUUGUUUGGGAUACACACAGACACAGUGUAAAUAUAUAGCCCAUCAUGCAUGAUCUUAAAAAAUAAUAUACACAGUCUUUGAACUGC